AGAACUGACAGGGUCACGUUGCCAGGUUUAAAUUCAGAUUUUGCUUUAAAUUUGGAUUAAUUUGGGUUCUGUGCUUAAUAUAUACCUUAAAAGUACAAACAGGUGAAGAAGGACCGUCAGGCUCUGAUGGCGGCUCUGUGUGAGAACGUGCUGACAGUCAACAUGUUACUGGGUGUUUUCUUUCUUCCAGGUGUUGUGGCCACAACACACCUUCGCAUUAGUGCCUUAAAGGAGAUGGAAACACUAAGCGGAUCCUGUUUGCAUAUCCCCUGUACAUUUGAAGCAAUCAACGGGGUGGUUAGUUUUGACAAUAGUAUUGAAAUCGUUGGAAUUUGGUAUAAAAAUGAUCAUAGCAAUUUAAAGAAUGUAAUUUUUGACAGCAGCAAAUCAGUCAAUGCCUAUCCAAUGAACAUUACUGGAAUCCUCAAGAAAAAUGACUGCACAACUCUAUUUUCUUAUUUAAACACCAGCCAUCAAGAUAAAUACUAUUUCAGAAUCGAGAACGGGAAAUUUAAGGCAACAGCUUAUUGUGAUCCCGUUCAAAUAAAAGUUAAAGAUUCUGCCUGGAAACCAAACAUUGCUAUUGAUCUAACAAAUCUGAAGGAGCAUCAGUCUGUCACUGUAACCUGCUCAGCUUUCACUCCGUGUCCACAAUCACCUCCUGAACUCACCUGGAAUCUCCAACAAGACUCUCUCAGACAAACAGAGAAAAACACAGAUGGAACCUUUACAACUAAAAUCCAGGAGAACAUCACUCUGUCAGACACACAUGAUGGAUACAACAUCAGAUGUUCUGCCAGAUAUCAUGUGAUUGGAGGAAUCAAGACAGCAGAGACAGAAGUGACCCUCAAUGUUUCAUAUGCUCCUAGAAACACCUCAGCAUCCAUCAGUCCAUCAGCUUUGGUGUCAGCAGGUAGCUGGGUGGAGCUGAGCUGCUCCAGCAGAGCCAAACCUCCACCCAGCUUCACCUGGUUCUGGAAGUGUGAACAUGGAGCCAUUAAUGUGUCUGUGGGGCCAGUUUACAGCUUCAAUAUUACUGAAGGAGGAGAGUAUUCCUGUGUGGCCACAAAUGAUCUGGGUCAAACCAGAUCAUCUGUGAUCGUAGUUACCAGUAAAGGUUCUGGACUUGGUGUCUACACUAUAAUAAAGAUCCUGGGGUCUUUAAUGCUCUGUGGCGCCAUCAUCAUCUUUGAGUGCUGGUUUAGAUUCUCCAAGAGACUGAAAAAGGUCUGAGAGAAGAUGAAGGACUAUCACAGUCUGUCUGAGAACAAUCACCUGCUGUGAUGAGAAUGAGGCCUUAUUUUGAGAUGUUCUCUCUUGUCUUCAAGACUACAAAUGCUUCAAUAAGAAAAAUAUUAUGUACAUAUUUCCUGUUUGUGACAUGUCGACUAUGUUGAAAACCUUUUGAGUACUAGGGUUAGAGUUAUACAGUGGACAUAUUUUACACAUUUCACUUUUUAAUCUGCUGGUUUCAUGUAUUCUCCUUGAUUCUCCUUGGAAACCCAGCAUUAAUAUCUCUGUUGGUGAUCUGAAGGAGCAUCAGUCUGUCACUAUAACCUGCUCAGCUUUCACUCAAAAAACACAAUUAUGCAAAAAUACUUUGUUGGUGCUUUAAAUUAUAAUGUUAUUCCUUUCAUCAAAAACACACUGGAGUGUGGCUUUGACAUUUUCAUGCGUGUUUGAGGAAUCCUUGAGUCUCCCGUGGGAACCAUUUGGAGGUGACCCAACACUUGGAGAAGGAUUGCUGUAAUGAUGUGCUAAAGAUGGAUUAUUGGAAACAGUAGGAGACUCUUAAAGAGACAAAGGCCAAUUUAACCCUUUCAUGCAUG